AUGGAUUCUAAAGAUUUAAUCAUUUGUUUUCCAGAUGAGAUCCUUUACCACAUCAUUACCUUCCUCCCUCUUGAAUCAGCUGUCCAAACCACUCUUCUUUCUACUCGAUGGAAAGAUCUUUGGAAAAAGGCUUUUGUAUAUGGAGGUAUAGAAAAUGCUGUUGUUAAUGUAUUUAGCCUUCUUAAUGAUUUUGCUGAACUUCGUCCACCAAGAAGCAAGAGGGGAUUCCAGUUUAACAUUGGACAAGGUAGAGCCCUCUUUGCUGCCAUUGCGCCUAAUGAUGCACUUCAUCUGGAUUUCUCUGCUGGGGAACAAGGAUUAUCGAGGUCAUUUGAUUGGUUGUUACCGUUGAAUCUUCCUGCACAUGACAAAUGGCCAUUUCCCUACAAACAUGAUAAGCUGUUGGAGCUAAAUCUCCCAUUGCAGCAGUUCAAAAUAAAAGCUCUGUAUCUAACAUCAGUAUGCCUCCUUUUCAGGAAGGUGCUUACUUCUCUGGUGUCGUAUUUACCAUUUCUUGAGAGUUUGACUAUUGCAAAGUGUAAUGGAGUAAAAUCUUUAGAUAUAGAAAACGCUGCUAGGCUUCAAAAAUUAACUGUCUUGGAUUGCCCACAAUUAGAAUAUUUCUGUUUUGGAGGUUCCAGCUGCUUAAAGUCUUUCCAAUAUCAAGGCAGAUUAGUGUCUUUACGGUUUAAACCUUCCUGCAAAUUUAAUUCUUAUCACUUGUCGAAUGAACAUUUUUGUCACUGUGGAUUCCAAUUGGAAGAUGUCAUGCUUGAUUUCAGACAAGGCCCUCUAACACGAUGGACAUGGGACUUUGAAAUGCCUAGCAGUGCUGGUGCUAAUGGAUUCUACAAAAUCUGCAAUUGUGGUGGCACCACCUUGUUUCAAUGCGUCAAAUUAAUUCUGAAUGGCGUAGGUCGUGCUGAAUCUCUAACAAUGUGCAGAUGGCUUUUCAAGGCAUGUUUCAACCUUGGCUUUCGUUUGUUGCUGUUCAAAGAGCUUUGGUGGAUUGAUUGUUCAAUGGAGAGAGAAAAUAUCAAUGCCCUACUUUGCUUUCUGAAGCUCUGUCCUAACUUGGAAAGACUAUAUGUGAUUAUUGAUCCUAAAUGCUAUAACUUGCCUAGCACUGAAAGAUUCUCAGCCAUAAUCAAUUUUCCUGAUUAUAAACUCUAUAAUCUCAAGUUUGUCAAAGUAGAAGGAUGUACAGAUGAGACGAAAGAGAAUCUGUUUGCAAGGCGGUUGAGAACUUUAUUUCUAGGAAGUCCACUAAUUAUAUCAAAUCAAAAGUAUACGGGAGUCAUUCGAGGUGUCUGGUGA